AUGGACAUAUAAAACAAAUACCAAUCAACUAAAUCAUAGCUAGAGCACUAAUCUCGAUCAAAUACCCCCGACGAACUAAAAAAUUCAUUUAUCUCAAAAAGAGCUAAAUCCUAGUUCGUUGGAUAGUCUGAACACUUGCAGUCAGUUUAGGAAACCUAGAUCUUAUCUGAUAUACAAUAGCUGAAACAAGAUUUUGCUAAAGUUCGCAGAUGGAACCUGUAUGCUGUAAAUACUCAGGAUAAAGAAUCUAUUAAUUAAAAAAGAGGGAAAUUUGCUUUUAAUGCGAAAAAGAAGUAAGAGUCUAAGAGUGGAGAGUAUAUGACAGAUUAUCAGCUCUAGUUUCUUAAUAAAGCUACUGCUUUGAGAUACUAAGAGGAAAAUACUAAGAAGCAUUAGUAAUUUGUGACAUUUCUAUAGUAUUCACAUUACAUGUUGCUAUCAACUUACUAUUUAGCGCAUCUUGAAACAGGAAAUUUAAUCAUUCUGCUUAUAGGCUUGUUCUUAACAAUACUUAACUAGCAAAUCAAGAAUCUAGACUUAAACUUGAGGAAGUAUCUGAACUAAAUAAUAGAUAUUAUAUUCAUAGUCUCUAGUUCUCAAAGUGUUGAUGCUAAUAAGCUUAUCAUCAAUAACUUCUGCCCUUAUUCAUACUUUAUUUUUACCAACCUGUUCAAGUCUCGCAGUUGGUAGGAAUACUCUAAAAAGGUAUUAAUCUAUGAAUUUUUUAGAUACUUUCUCGCUGGAGAACAAUUCUAAUUUGAAACUCACAUCACUCAAGUAUUGAUAUUUAUUGGAAUAAGCGGAUUUAUUCAUGCCUUAUUGGAAAAAUCAAUGAAAGAUUCAUGGGUUUUAAGUGAUAGCUUUAUGAAGUCCUAUAGAAUUUGCAGUCACAUUUUAGACAAACAAUGCUAAAUGAUCUUCAUAGUAUCACAAAAAGGCUCUUUAUUAUAUAAUAACAUAUAAGCUUUGAAAUUUAUUGAUGAAAAUAGCAUUAAUCCAAGCAAUAUCUUUCAAGAAUUUCUAGGAUUAGAUUAGCUCAAAGAUAGAUUUUAAGAAGGACUUGCUUUUGAAAAAGAAAUUAAUUAAGCUGAGACUAUUCUUUUCAAGGACAAGAAGCUUGAUGUCAAGAAUAUGAAGCAUAUUGAUUAUAAGAACAUCAAAGCAUACAUGAUAGAGAUUGAAGAUUAAUCGCUGUGGAAGGAUAUUGAUUUUAUGAAUGGAAACUAUGCAAGUGACCAGGAUGAGGUAGAUAGUGAGGAAGACAAUGACAAAAGCACUCCACUCUCCAAAAAUAUGAACUUUCCACAAAUGUCUCAUUUUAGUCCUUAAAGGUCAAUAUCCGAAAAUGUUAAUAUGAUGGCGAAGUUAUUUAAUCAAACCCCCAGCUCUAAUUUAAAGACUCCUUUACUAAAUCUUAGCAAAGUUGGUGGUACGAAUUUAUAAUAAUCUUAAAGCUACCAAGAUCUUAAGUCCUAAUAAAUACAUUCUAACAAGAUUUAAGCAUAAUCUUAAACAAAGUAAAAAAUGCAAAUCCCUAAAAUCAAAUUUGUUAAUCAAAAAGAUCUUAAGGAGAAAAUGAUACUAAGGAAAAUGAAUCUCAAAAGAUUUAAAUGGCUUAAGAAUAAAGAGAUAGAUUCUAUUACUGAGAAAAUAUAGAAACUUCAGUAAAAAGUGGGCAAUGAUACUGAUUUAAUCCUAAAAGUAGACAUUUAGCAUAAUGAUGUAAACGAGGACUAUCAAAAGUUCAAGGUCAUGUUAUAUUCAUUACUUGAUGGUCUAUUAUGCACUCAAAAUGCAGCAAGCAAAAAUCUUUAGUCCGUCUUAGAAAGUUCAAGACAUAGCACUGUUGAGAUAAGUCUGUUAGAAAUUUAGAAUAAUGGAACUUAGGAAAUAAAUUCACUUAUGAUUCCACUUAAUUAGGCUAAAAGUAAAAUUGGAUCUAGCAGCAAUUUAGGCAAAAAGCACUAAUUCAAGAUCAGUAUUUAUACAACUAAGUUAUCUCCAGAGUAGCAAGAGACACUUGAUUUUUCUUUAAAAUCUAAUGACUUAGCAAAGAAAAUAGUUUAUGAUAGUACUUAUUCUAAUGUUAAGAUAGCCCAUCAGAACAUCAGUAAGGAUGAGAAUUAGAAAGAUUAGUUCAAAUGGAGUCAUAAAUAAACAGAAAAAAAGAAACUUUAAAGUAAUAAUUUCGUAGAAACUGACAUUCAUCCAUUCUACAAAUAUACUCGCUCUAUUGAGACUCUGCUGUACUAAGAUGAAUUAUGGGUUUAAGAUUCAAGAGUUUUUGGAAUUGAAUCUAAUCCUCAAGAAUACAAAGAACAUGAACAUGAAAAUGAUUAAUUAAAAGAUUUCGAAGUACCAAGAAGUUGGAUUGAUGAAACUAAAAGCCCCUAAUCUCAUUUAUCUACGCCUUUAUAAACACCAGGCUCCUUUUAUAAUUCCCAUAGAAGAUCUAUUUAGCUUGAGAGACUCAUGAGUCACAGGACUUUAAAUAUCGCAUAGCAAUUGGCUAAACUAAAAAUUCUUAUUGUUGAAUCAAACAUCAGCAUUCUAUUCAGUAUUUUGGAGGAAUAAGGAAUCACCUAGAUAUUUAGAGCAAAAACUACUGAAGAAGCUCUCAGUCUUUAUUAAGCAAAUUGGGAAUAGGCAAACAAAUUUGACAUUAUCAUGGUUGAUCUUCAUAACGAACUGCAAGAGUAUAUAGAUUUUGCAAAGGAUAUCAAGGAAUUCAAUGAGCAAAAAUAAUUAACUGGAACUGGAAUGACUGCGAUCUCAUCCGAAGUUAAUCAAAUAGAUACUCCAGAGGGAUAUGAUAAAGUUAUUUAUAAGCCAUUAAGCGAAGUAGCUACUCGAUAAUCUAUAGUCUUUGCAGCAGGGAAAUAUAAAUUGCUAAAAUGA